GCGAGCAGCUGGAGAGCAGCGCUUCUGUCGAGCUGAAGAUCCAGCGAUAUUUGCGUCCAGCAGCAGCGGGAUAAACGCGUGUGUGCGGGUCUGCUGAUGAGCUCGCAGCUGAGCGUGUGUAGCGUGUGCCGUGAUGACUGACGUGAUGAUCAGCGCUACACCAAUGGACGACAUGAUGCUCAGUCCCAGCAAAGACCGCCUGACCUUCCAGAUCUUUCCGGAUCCCUCAGACUUCGAGCGCUGCUGUAAGCUGAAGGACCGUCUGCCGUCUAUCGUGGUGGAGCCGACGGAGGGCGAGGUGGAGAGCGGGGAGCUGCGCUGGCCUCCUGAGGAGUUCCUGGUGAGCGAGGAGGACGAGGAAGAGUGCGACGGAAACCUGCAGAACGGACAGAUGCAGAACUGUCAGCGCUAGAGAGGAUCGACUGACUGACAUGAGUCACACACUGAUUCCUGCACAUAGAAUAGACAAUCACACCAACGCAUACAGAACAACUGAUCCACUGACAUCCGAUCGCUCAGACUUCAUUCCCACCUGUGAGAGUGUGUGUGUGUGUGUGUGUGUGUGUGUAAGUGUGUGUGUGGUGUGUGUGUGUGUUUGAGAGAGGACGAAUGCACAUGCUCAGUGUGUGUCAGAAGAUUAUUCAUUAUGAUGAUGGUGUGAGUCUGUCCUGCACUCAUUCCUGUUAUUUACAUGCUUUUCUGAGUAACACCGAUCUUCCUGACCAUAUGCCAUAAGUGUUGUAUGUGGAUUUUACUGUAAAUAUUCUGUAGAUGAAUGACAGGUAAGACGUCUUUAGUGUGCCAGUCUAAUCACUCCUGAAUCUGUAGGAGAACCGCAGCCGUCUUCCUGAAUUUGUUGUAUUCACAGCAGAACUGACCUGUCUCCGUCUGUAUGUUUGUGUGUCUGUAUGCAGUAUAUAUAUAUAUAUAUAUAUAUAUAUAUAUGUGUAGAUGUCAGUGUUUGUGUUGUGGGUCCAGCACAGAAUCACUUCCUGACUGUUCAUCUGUAAAGACUCAGGGAGUUUGCUCUUAUUUUGUAUUACACCGCUUCCUCUCUGACUGACAGAGGCUGUAAAUAAACCAUUUGAAAGUGCUUUACAAAACAGUGCUUCCCGAGACUUUCUUCAGACUCUGUGUUUUAAACUGGAAGAAAAAUGCAUGCAGAGAGAGAGAGAGAGUGUACCGACAUAU